UUCGAACGGGAGACCUUGUUGAAAGGGAGAAUUAGGCCUUAUAUAAGGAAAAAAAAGACAGUCACCCAUCUUCUUACCUUAUCUAAUGCUAUCAGUCGCUGCGAGAAGACUGGCUUGAAAGGCUCAUGAAACCACAGCACACCAUGCUUCACCGGCGCGUGCGCAGAAACAGUAGAAUAUGGAUCCGGUCGAAUCCGACCCAAUCUUUAGUCUUUUCUUUUUAGCUGAACUGACUGUAUUAGAGUUCAAGAAACUUACGCACACUGAGGCAUGAGAAUUUCGUUGCACGCUUCACGCGCUUCAACGUGUAUGUACAUUUCUUAACUAGUGCAACCAUAUCAGCUAAAAAGAACAGGCCACUUGUUGGACGAGGAUUAACCAAGAUGCAUCGGUUUUAAUUGAAGUUUUUCGCGAGAUUUUUCGAGUUGAGAAAGCCUUGACAGUCUAGAAAUAUUGACCACAUAGUCCAACACAGGCCGCUCGAUUACUUAGAACAUAGAACAGAAGACUCUUUCCUUCUUCGCACGCGAUGCCUCUAUUUGACAGACUGGUUGUCACAGCCAAGAGCCGAGUAAUCCAUGGUAGAACUCGGCAGGCCUCCAGGUGUGUGUCGACCAUCGUCAAGAACAACGCUGACAGUGGUGUUUCUUCUGAGCCACCAAUCAGAAAGUCAGUAUUUGUAUCGCAAUCCACGGACGUGUUUACCAAUCUGGCCUGGGAGGACUGGUUGUAUCGCCAUUACGACUUCACCAACCAUCACGUCCUACUCUUGUGGAGGAACGAUCCCUGCGUGGUGUACGGCCGACAUCAGAAUCCAUGGAAAGAAUGCAACGUCCAGACAGCUAAAAGGAGAGGAAUAACGUUGGUGCGCCGAAACAGCGGCGGCGGUACCGUUUAUCAUGACAACGGCAAUCUCAAUUUGUCCUUCUUCACACCGCGAGCGAGAUACAAUCGAAAGUAUAAUCUGCACAUUAUUACGAGGGCCCUGUUUCGCGAGUGGCGCUUGGAGAGCGUGGUCAAUAAGCGCGACGACAUCGUCGUCGAGGGAAAUUACAAGGUAUCUGGAACAGCUGCAAAAUUAGGACGACCGAAUGCUUAUCACCAUUGCACGCUGUUGGUCGGCGUUGAUAAGAACAGCCUGAGGUUGGCUCUUGAGAGAAAAGAGGACGAUAUCGUUACGAACGCGACGAUUUCUAUACGUUCGCCAAUAAAGAAUCUGAUCGACGUGAACGCGGAUAUCGAGAUGGAUAAACUCAUAACCGUUAUCGGCGAGGAAUAUCUACGUACGAAAGCUCUGGUUCUUGAAGAUGAAGAACGUGAAUUGUCCCAACAGGAAAUGGAACUCCAGUUUAUCGAUCCAACCGAACGUUUAUACACUGGCUUGGAUAAGCUGACAAGCGAGUUUCGCUCCUGGGAUUGGAAUUUCGGCAGGACGCCGAAAUUUACAGUGACCCGAACAUUAGAAGCUACCGGCCACGACGGUAAAGUGCAACGUCUGAAUUUCAACGUGGAGGUGCAGAAUGGCGUCGUGGAGGAAGUCAAGAUGAACCCGCCCGGCGGAUCAACGAUGGUAGACUUCGGCGAAGAUGUGAGCGUGAUUGCGGCCAAUUUCUGCGGCGCAAAAUACAGCCACGAAAUAAUAGAAAAUAUAAUCGCUGCGAUUAGUUGUAAGGCCAUCGCGCCAAGGACUCGAAUCGAGGACGAAAGCAACGUGAUUGUCACUCAAUAAUAGGAAAAUUGUAGCUGUUUUAAGUAAUUUUAUUUGUCCCAACGAAAAUAAUGAAUUAAAACGAGCACGAGGCCACAAUCCUCAAUAUGCUUAACAUAUAGUGAUAUUGUAGGCAUGAUUCAACGUGAAUAAUCGUUAUCGGUUUUCCAGAUAACUACGUAUAUAUGUAUAUAUUAUGUAUAUAUUAUGUGUACAUAGUAACUCAUAUGUUGCAUAUCGUGAUGCGCAACAGAAAGAAUAUUAAUAGUUCGGCACAGUUGAUUAAACAAGGAAAGCUUCGUCACUAGUUGACUGUCACGCUCCGACAAUUUUGACCAAUGACAAAAGUGUCGAAAGAAAAGGGCAGGGAGGGGGAAAGAGAGAGAGAGAGAGAGAGAGAGAGAGAGAGACAAUAAAGAAAAGCUUCGUCCAUCAAGAAU